UCCAUCAUGAUGCUCAACUCAGACACGGUGGAGCUGGACAUACCUCCCACCCACUCGGAGACCGAGUCAGGCUUCAGCGACUGCGGGGGCGGGGCGGGCCCCGACGGGGCUGGGCCUGGGGGUCCCGGAGGGGGCCAGGCCCGGGGCCUGGAGCCCGGAGAGCCCGGCCGGAAAGACCUGCAGCACCUGAGCCGGGAGGAGCGGCGGCGCCGGCGCCGGGCCACGGCCAAGUACCGCACGGCCCACGCCACGCGAGAGCGAAUCCGCGUGGAAGCCUUCAACCUGGCCUUCGCCGAGCUGCGCAAGCUGCUGCCCACGCUGCCCCCCGACAAGAAGCUGUCCAAGAUCGAGAUCCUGCGCCUGGCCAUCUGCUACAUCUCCUACCUGAACCACGUGCUGGACGUCUGA